CAGUCACCCUGAGCCCCGGCCCGGCGCCUGCCCACCCCGGGGGGAGCCCGGAUGCGAGCCCGGGCCAUGGGGGCCGCUGUGCGCACGGGCAGCCGGGGGGCGUAGCGCUCCCCCUCCCCGGGCAGCGCCGGCCGGAGCGAUUAUCCCGAUUCUUCCCCCGCUGUGACCUCCCGGAUGGAGAGAGGGGAAGAGCCGAGCGUCCCGGAUCUCCAGGGCUCCGAGGAAAGGGUGAUCUCAGGAGCGGAGCGGACGUCGCCGGAGGACAAACCUCUCCAGGACCCCAAGGUUGCCGGCCCCAAGUGGCCGUGGGAGAACCUUUCCUGGACCCAGGCGGGCCGCCCGCCCCGCCUUGAACCCCCGUCCUCCUCUGCCCGGACCCCUGCCCCACCGCAGCGCAAGGGCGAGCGCCCCUACAUCUGCAACGAGUGCGGGAAGAGCUUCACCCAGUGGUCCAAGCUGGUGCGGCACCAGCGCAUCCACACGGGCGAGCGGCCCAACACUUGCACCGAGUGCGGGAAGAGCUUCACCCAGAGCUCCCACCUCGUCCAGCACCAGCGCACCCACACCGGCGAGAAGCCCUACCGCUGCUCCGAGUGCGGCAAGAGCUUCAGCUGGAGCUCCAACCUCAUCCAGCACCAGCGCACCCACACCGGCGAGAAGCCCUACCAGUGCGGGGAGUGCGGCAAGGCCUUCAGCCAGAGCACCAACCUCAUCAAGCACCAGCGCUCCCACACCGGCGAGAAGCCCUACCAGUGCGGCGACUGCAAGAAGAGCUUCUACCGCAGCUCCGACCUCAUCCAGCACCAGAUCACCCACACCGGCGAGCGGCCCUUCAAGUGCACCCAGUGCGGCAAAGGCUUCACCCAGAGCGCCAACCUGGUCAAGCACCAGAAGAUCCACGCCGGGGAGAAACCCUUCCGGUGCACCGAGUGCGGGAAGACGUUCAUCCAGAGCUCGGAGCUCAUCCAGCACCAGCGCACCCACACCGGCGAGAAGCCCUACGAAUGCCUGCAGUGCGGGAAGAGCUUCGGGCACAGCGCCACGCUGGUCAAGCACCAGCGGCUGCACAUGGGGGUGGAGCCCUACAAGUGCCCCACUUGCCACAAGACCUUUGGGCUCAGUUCGGCCCUGGCCCGCCACCAGCGCUGCCACACCGAGGAGCGGCCCUACGCCUGCGCCGAGUGCGGCCAGAGCUUUAGCCUCAGCUCCAACCUCACCCUGCACAUGCGGAUCCACCGGGGGGAGAAGCCCUACCGGUGCGGGGAGUGCGGGAAGAGCUUCGGCAUGAGCUCCACCCUGAUCCGGCACCAGCGGAUCCACACCGGCGAGAAGCCCUACCAGUGCGCGGAGUGCGGGAAGAGCUUCGUCCGCAGCUCCCACCUCAUCCAGCACCGCCGCACCCACACCGGCGAGAAGCCCUACCGCUGCUCCGAGUGCGGCAAGGCCUUCAGCCAGAGCUCCAACCUCAUCACCCACGAGCGCAUCCACAUGGAGGAGCGGCCCCACGUGUGCCACGAAUGCGGCCAGCGCUUCGCCGAGGAGGAGGCCCUGCGGCGGCACCAGGAGGAAGGGCAUAGCGGCGGGGCGGGAGGCAGGGGGCUCGGGGAGAGCCGGGAGACUUGCAUCUGCAACGAUUGCGGGAAAAGCUUUGGAGAUAGCUCAGCGCUGGCCAAGCACCAGAUAACCCAUGUGUCUUGCAUCUGUAACGACUGCGGGGAAAGCUUUGGAGAUAGCUCAGCGUUGGCCAAGCAUCAGGAGAUCCAUUCCUCUUGCAUCUGCGAUGAUUGCGGGCAAAGCUUUGGAGAUAGCUCAGCGCUGGCCAAGCACCAGAUAACCCAUGUGUCUUGCAUCUGUAACGACUGCGGACAAAGCUUUGGAGAUAGCUCAGCGUUGGCCAAGCACCAGGAGAUCCAUUCCUCUUGCAUCUGCGAUGAUUGCGGGGAAAGCUUUGGAGAUAGCUCAGUGUUGGCCAAGCACCAGGAGAUCCAUGCCCCGUGCAUCUGCCCGGAAUGCGGGCAGAGCUGUAAGGACAGCGCAGCCCUGACCCGGCACCAGAUCACCCACAUGCGUGAAAAGCUUUACAAGUGCCCCGACUGCGGGCAAAGCUUUGGUGACAUCUCUGCCCUCACCCAGCACCAGAGGAACCACAUCAGGGAAAAGCUGAGGUGCCCCGACUGCGGGCAGGGGCUCGGGGCGAGCUCGGCUCCAGGGGCCCACCAGAGAGGCUGCAACCCAACCAAGCCCUUCCACGAGUGCUCGGCGGCCGGUGCCCACGAAAGAAGCCACGCCGAGGGGGAACCCGUCCGUGACAGCUCAGAGCUUGGUGUCCACGAAAAAGGCCACCCCAGGGCGGAACCGUCCCACGUGGCUCCGGGCGUCCACCAAAGAGGCCGGCCUGCGGCAGAUCCCUCCCCCACCGGCUCAGCCACUGGCAACCGCCCCGGCUCGGGUGAAAUGGCCAGCCUCAUCCGGCGCCCGGCCACCGAACCCUACAAGUGCCACGACUGCGGCCAGAGCUUUGCCGAGGGCUCGGGUCUCUCCCGCCACCUGGCCUCCCACCCCAAGCCCUUCCGGUGCCCGGAGUGUGGGCGUGGCUUCCCGGACGCGGCAGCCCUGGCCAAGCACCAAGAGGUCCACGCUGGAGGGGAGCCGGCCGGGCCUGGGGAGAAGAGCCGCAAGAGCUGUGCCGAGAUCUCCGCCAUCCUCUUGCGCCAGGGGAACCACGUGGCCGGGCGUGGCCCACGGAGGCACGCGGCAGACGACUCCCUUCCUCCCGGCGGCUUGGCCCCGGCUCGGCCCCGCCUCCAGCCCUCAGGCCACGGCCUGGCCACGGCCGCCCGCCGCGACGGGGGGAUGUCUCUGGCGCGCCCGGAAUGUGGCAAAGGCUCCCAGGGGGGCUCUGUGCUCCUCCAACACCUCCAGAACCACGUGGGGGACAGGGUGUGAGGCCCCCGAGGGCACCUGGCCAGUUCAUAG